AUGGUAACUUGGACGCAGCUAUACGUAGCUGCGACCUGGCUCUUCAUCGCCUGUCGCGCCGUGAAAGUCUUUCCAACUCCAAAGUCAAGCGGAUGGAUCCCGUCCUUAACGAAUCUCGUCGUAUUCGGCGACAGCUACACGGACGAAUCGCGACUUCCGUACUUCAUUAACCACAACGGAACUGCCCCCCCGACAGGUUUCCUUCCACCCGCGAGUAAUGCUACAGCAGGCGGUGGUAUGACAUGGGCUCGUCACGUCGCAAAAAGUACAGGAGCGAAGCUAUAUAACUACGCCGUCUCAGGAGCAGUUUGUGAUAAUAAUCUUGUCAAUAGAUACAUCUCUGUUCUUUACGGACCAUUCCCCGAUGUAGUUUAUGAAGUCAAUGCUUUCGUGUCAGAUUCAACGUUUAUUAAUGAGACUACCAACACGCCGUUUUUCGCAGAUCGUGACGAAAGCAACACGAUCUACUCGAUAUGGAUUGGCACUAACGACCUCGGAGUAAAUGGAUUUCUGACAGACAGCAAUCUUCACGAAAGCUCUCUUCCGAGCUUUACGGACUGCAUUAUGGAUAAGUUCGAUCAAAUAUAUGCCAAUGGAGGGCGCUACAUGGUCUUGAUGAAUUUAGCUCCAUUACAACUGACGCCUCUUUAUGGAAUGCCACAAGUUGGAGGGCUCUCAAAGAGUAGUUACUGGGGAGAGAAGCCAACAAAUACAUCUGAAAUUAGCGGUAAGAUGAAAGAAUACACGAAAACUGUCAAUUCUCUACUCAGUUAUCGAAUACCCUACGAAAAAUUGAUCGCUGAACGCUACCCCGACGCUUCGUUUGCCAUAUUUGAUACUAACUCCCUUAUCACCGAUAUUUACAACUCUCCAAACGACUAUCUAGUUGCGCCUGCAAACUCUACUCAUCAAUAUUUCAAAUGCGACCCAGUGCCUUGGGGAAAAUGCGUCAGACAACCCGAAGGACUCGAUCACUACUUGUGGUUUGACGAGCUACAUCCCGGUGAAAAGACCAAUGAAGUUAUAGCGGGUGAGUUUGUGAAAUUAGUACAGGGUACAAGCAGCUAUGCGACAUAUUGGUGA